UCACUACUUUAUAUCUAGAACAGCAUGUCCAGGCAUAGAUUUGUCAGGAAUAUUGACCUCAAUGAUGAGCUCGAUGACGGUGACGAGGAAGUCGGCAUGUCCGCCGAGGAGACAGCCCAAAUGAACAGGGCUGUGAGUGUCGCUCGUAACCUCCUCAAAGACGUCACGCCUCCGAUAUCCGACAAUGAAAUCGCCGAUUCCGUAUGGCACUACUGGUUUGACGGCGAAAAAGCUGCUGCCUGGUUGAGACAGGAUAGAGAGAAGAAAGGCGAAGCUCCGCCUUCAUAUCUCGAACCUACACCGCUACAACAACCUAGACAUCGCCCGAAAAUCUUGGUUCCACCUUCCCAACCCACUCAAGCCCAGGAAGACAUCCAGCCGCCUCUUACAGCCCUUCAACGGCUUACUCUCUCUCGCCGGCAGGGUUCUCCAGCAUCUCCCGCUCCCUCGUCAUCUGUAGGAGAAAAGCCUAUGUCAAAAUUGGCGUUGCUUGCACAAAAGAGAAGAGAAGCGGCAGCAGCUGCUACGACUACUUCUGAAACCAUCCAGUCUGGAAUUGUAUCACCUCAAACGUCUCGUCAACCUUCUGCCUCUGGUACGCAACCAAGCAGCGGAACGCAGUCCCCAUCCCAGUUGGAGAAGAAGCCACUAUCCAAACUCGCCCAGAAGAUGGCUGCUGCUAGAGCUGCGAGGGAGGAAGCUGCUGCGGCUGCCAAGUCCAGCAAAUUAGAGAAGAACAGCGUAGGGGACCAGAUGGAGGGGGAUGAGCCUCUGCCCAGUCUUUCUUCUCCUGCAGACCCCAUGUUAUCUUUAUUCUCCCCGCCAGCAACGUCCCCCAAGCCCAAGUUGAAACCUACUCACCCAUCACCAUUUUUUUCAAUCAUUACAUCAACUUCUUCCCAAGGCGGGGCGCCAGGGCCGGCUAAGGACCACUUGCCGCCUGAGCCUACCAGUGCCAAUCUUCACGCACCUCUCAUCACCGAUGUGGACGUCCUUGUAAAACAAUUUGAGCAGGCUUUCGCAGAGUCACCGGAUGAGAUUGUGCUUCGCAAGAGGCAAGGAAGGGCCGGGACUGCAGAUAUGGUAACUGCUGUGAAGAAGCAGGCAACCGGAACGGGAAUCAAGCCAAAGGUGAAAUGAAUGGGGGAGAGAAAGAAUCAAAGAAGAACGAAUCAAAGAUGCUGGAGAUGUACUGUUCUAUACUAUUGUUACACCAAAUUUCUUAUCUUUUUAUUUUAUUCCCCCCGCCAAAGCCAAGGCUGCACAAACAGCCAAAUCUGCAUCUCUCCCCGGUAAACCCCGAGUGCAACAAGUAGCAAACCAAAAAUCAAAACUCGCUGUUUCUCAACCCAACUCACCAUCGACAAGUGCUAGCAAGUCGACGAGCAAGUCUGGUUCUGCCUCCAGCACACCCAGGACACUUGGGAAGAGUAAUCUGUCAACUGAUCUGGAGGGCUUGCACUUGAACGAAGAAAUGGACGAGGCUGAAAGAGAACGAGAGAAAGAGAAAUUCAAGGAGAGGCAGGUGUUGAGUAUGAAGCAGGAAGAGUUGAUCGCCAAAGCCAAGGAGGAAGAGGAAAAGUCGGGGAAGAAGAAUGUCAGCUUGAUUGUUGUCGGCCACGUCGAUGCCGGUAAAUCGACGUUGAUGGGUCGAGUACUCUACGACAUUGGUGAACUUUCUGAGAAGGAGAAGAUCGCCAAUGAACGAGGUAGUAAGAAACUCGGUAAAGGUUCCUUCGCUUUUGCAUGGGGUCUCGAUGCUUUAGGCGAUGAACGUGAUCGUGGUGUAACCAUCGACAUCGCCACCACACAUUUCGUAACACCUCAUCGUAACUUCACCUUGCUUGAUGCGCCCGGGCACAGAGACUUUAUUCCUGCGAUGAUCAGUGGUGCGGCCCAAGCCGAUGUGGCAUUGUUGGUCAUUGACGGUUCACCAGGAGAGUUUGAGGCAGGCUUUGAGAGGGGCGGGCAGACACGAGAGCACGCGUGGCUAGUACGGAGUUUAGGAGUGAAGGAGAUCAUUGUGGGGGUGAACAAAAUGGAUUUGGUUUCGUGGUCUCAAGAUAGAUAUGAAGAGAUAGUGGAAUCACUCAAGCCCUUCCUUCUUUCUGCUGGAUUCAACUCUACCAAAACGACCUUCUUGCCACUUGCCGCGAUGGAAGGUAUCAACAUCCUCGAUAAUGACCAACCAGAGCUUAAAAAGUGGUAUUCUGGCCCGGCUCUUAUUGAUGCCCUUGACGACGUAGAAGUUCCCACUAGGCCAUAUGACAGCCCGUUGAGGAUACCGUUAUCAAACGUGUUCAAGGGUCAGACUGCCAUCGCAAGUGGAGUAGCCGUGUCAGGAAGGUUGUGCAGCGGUGUGGUGCAGGUUGGAGACAGGUUAAGAGCCGUGCCGGGCGAUGAAGUUGCCAAUGUUCGAACUAUUGAAGUAGACGACGACUCUGCGCCCUACGCUGUAGCUGGUCAAAACGUCACGCUUUACCUUUCCAACAUUGAUCCCAUCAACCUGUCUAUCGGUACUGUUCUUUGCCCUACUUCUAUUCCAGUUCCUCUUGUCACCAAAUUUACCGCUCAGAUCCUCGUUUUUGACCUUCAAAGCCCCAUCAUUGCCGGUACCCCGGUGGAGCUUUUCCAUCAUUCCAUGAACCUUCCUGCUACUAUUAGCAAACUCGUUUCGAUUUUGGAGAAGGGACAAGUGGUGAAGGAACGUCCCAGAGUCCUUCAGAAGGGUACUACAGCGAUGGUUGAAUUGAGUUUGAGGCCGAGCAGUUCCGGCAAGAUUUCUAGCAUACCACUGGAGACUGCGACGGACAACAAGGAGAUGGGAAGGGUGUUGAUCCGAAGAAAUGGAGAAACUAUUGCUGCUGGUAUGGUCAUGGAGCUUCUCGGUUAAAUAUGCAUAACAAGAUUAGAUAAAC